CUGAAGAAUGGUCUAUUUUUGUAUUCAACAGAGUAAAAGAAAUUCGUCAGUUAACUGAAGCAGAUCGGUGGAACCACAUACCAGGUUCAGAUAAUCCUGCUGACUUGCCUUCGAGAGGCUGUUUCGGUAGACAGUUAGUCGAAUCAAGAUGGUGGGAGGGACCAACCUGGCUCUAUGAAAGAGAAUGCUGUGUUCAACAAAAUGUAGAGUUCGAUGAAGAAGAAAUUAGUAAAGAAAAGAAGAAAGGCGCCAUUACUAAUUUAUUGAAUACUGACACUGAUUAUUGGCAUUUUUAUUACUUCUCCCAAUAUACCAAAUUAUUAAGAAUGAUGGCUUGGAUUUUACGAUUUUGCCAUAAUGUUAAAAACCCAAGACAGAGAUUCAGCGGAGAACUAACCGCAGAAGAAAUUAAUCAAACAGAAGUGGUCGUAUUGAAAGAAGUUCAGAAGGAGUCAUUUGAGGAUAAUAGUAAACGAAUUUCAUCUUUAAAGCCGUUUACUGAUGAAUCUGGACUUAUCCGUUUAAAAUCGCGCAUCUCCGAGAGACCUGACACCAUGGCUUUUCGUUUACCUAUAAUACUGCCUGGUGAACACCCCG